AUGAAACUCUUCUCGACCUCUCUCUGCUUUGAACUCCUGGCUCUCUUGUCUGUGAUGGACCUUUUAAAGUGUGUGAAUGGUCAGCCACAGAUGUGGCUCUCAGGAUAUGAGUUGUUUCCAGCUAAAGAAAGUACCGCUUACAAGAAACUGCCGCAGGCUCUGCUGAACCGAAACCCUGGUUUCCAGAGACCCUCCCACACUGGUGUAGAUCUGCCUAGCAAAUUGGAGGAACUUAAACAGGUGAGAAAGCGGAAAGAAUGGACUAUGGAAGCAAAGAACGCUGAGCUAUCCAACGCUAUAGAGAAGCUAUCCCCUUCCCAACCUAAUAAACGAGCUUGCUUUUGGAAAUACUGUGUCUGA